UGACACCGAUGCUUUGACAUUCCCGACGGAAACGACGGCCCGGCGCUGCCCAAGAGGUUGCGGCCACAAGAGUCAUCACGGUACGGCACCACCAACCGCGCGACAACUGGAUCCUCACGACCAAGCACGGCUCUAUUUGGAGGGCUACGCCUCUUUCGACCUCAGCGUCGACCUCGGCCUCGACGCGAAUGGUCAACAAUCAGAAGUCGCGACAAGGCUGCGCGCAAAGCCCAGCCAGACCUCCAGUACUUUCGAUGUGGCACUUCCCUGUCGAGCCUCGACAGCCUCGCCAAUCUGCCGCUGUUGGCCCCUUUGCUGGCAACGAGCGCGCCUCCUGAAAUACCAGCUCACGUAGAGUUCUCCAGCCCAAAGCCACCAGCCACAGGUGCAAGAUCAGCCAAACCACUGGAAUGGACGACUUGAGGCCAGAGCAUACGUCGGCGACGCGGCGCACGGACAGCCGGCCAGCGUCGACGGAACGCGACUUGGAUUGCCCGAGCGCCCCAAGUGAUGGCCGUGUAUUACCUGCCGUCGCUCGCUCCCAAGAAAGCAAUGGCAGGUGUUUGGGUCGCGCAAGGCCAAACUGGAGCAGCCGCGCGCCAUAUCCAUUUGCGACUCAUCGACAUACAUUCACCAACACACACUCUCGGUGAUGCGAAAAAGUCAGCGCUGGCGGCUGGCCGGCGUGCUCGUGCUGCUGCUUCUGAGUCUACUGCACGUGCGGGUCCAGCGAGCCAUCACGAGCGAAGUUCUCGCGCGGUACCCUACUACUGCCGCUGCAUGCUCGACCGAUGCCCCAUUCUUUGACGUGGCGGUGCACUCGGACGCGCCGCCGUCGAUGGCAUGGAGGGACUGCUUGCCGCUGCGAAUGCACGAGUGCGGCCUCCUUGUAGGCGAUGCGGCGUCGCUGCGCACGCACCCGGCUACGGACAAGAAAUGCCGAUCGGCCAUCGGCCAUCGCCUUUUGCUCGACGCUGUGGACGCGCUGCAUCGGCAGAACCACGUUGCAUUUCUUAUAGGGCCAGCACUGCGCCACGUGUGGGAGUUUGAGGCCCUACCGCCCAGCGUGCUCGAAGUCGAUGUCGCAACAAGUGCUUCAGACAGCGCGAGUGCGUCAUUGUUGUGGCGCCGCGGCGUGGCGACGUUCAUCGAUGCGCAGCGCGGUCGCGUUUCGUGCAUCGCCGCCCACCAUCCGCUGGCGUCCCUCGUCGGCGACGGCAGUUUGCCGUCGGUCGUCGGGCCCGAUAGCGGCAUCCCGUACCUUCGCUGGACACAUCUCGAGGUCCACAACUCGCUCUGGACGCUGACAACGACGAGUCACGUGACGUUGCGCGGCAGCGACGCCACGCAUUAUGUGCAUCAAUCCCUCUUUCCGCUGCGCUGUCGACCGCUCUACACCGGAUCGAUCCCGACGCCACACUUUCCAUCAGCGUUUUUCGAUACGACGGCGCCGUCGCCGACGUACCCAAGUGUCAGCUGCGAAGCCUACUGCGCGCCACCGAAUGCAACGCGCAUCUUUGCGAAGAACACGGUGCCAAACCUCCCGCGCUGCGCCCGAGACGACGCCGCCGCCGAGCGCUUCCAUCGAUUGGUACAUGCCGUGUCAAAGGAUGCGAUAGCGGUUGCGGCCCAGCACACUGUCGACCUCGCACCCCUCGAGACCAUGAACGCGCUUCGUGACGCCGCGCCGUGGCGUCAUUGCCUCCCGAUGCAACCGCAGACGUGCGACGUCGCCGACAAGUCGACACUGUUUGAAACACCGCGCGGGCGUCCGUGUCGGUCGGCGGUCUUGCAUUUGCUCUUGGACGACAUCCUCGAGGUGCUGCGGACCGAGUAUUACAUUGCUUUUGUGCAUUUUGGCACGCUGCUCGGUGCGUGGCGCUAUGGGCGCGUGCUCGCGCACACACCGGAUGUCGACAUUGCUGUGUCUGCUGACGUCGACUGGGACUAUGUACAAGAGCUCCUGUGGGCUCGCGGGUACUUUCUGUUUCAUACGGGCGUCCACUCGGCGUGCAUGGCGCGACACCAUCCAGUAGCGUCGCUGGUCUACGCACCGCACGCACCGGUCGUGACGUCGCCCGACCACGGGACACCGUACGUCGAUUUGUACCUGUGGUGGCCGACACGCGACAACGAGCACAUCCACGUGCAAACCGCCGUCGACGAGUUGCCGCGCACGGCGUUCUUUCCACUACGAUGCGACUACUCGGUGUUUGGAACCGCCGUGCCGAGCAUGCAGUACCCCGAAGGCAUGUUCCUCUCUGAAUAUGGGCCAUCGUACGUGCUGGAGGAGACGAAACACGCGCUCCUCGGUCGCUGUGAUGCCUACUGCGACCGCCCGCUUCAAGUAGCGCGCCCUUCUCGGUCUUAGCGAUCUCGUCGAGGACUAUGUAAUAUGAAAUUGUGGCGUCCACAUUCUCGUCGAUGGAUACAGGUAGC